GCUGCUGACUGACUGUGGGGAGAGCAGGGGUGGUUCAGGACCCCAGGAUGUUAUUAUGCAAUAGCACACAGCUGUAUAUAAAGUCAGGAGGAUGUUGAAGAGUGGACUUCAUGCGAGACAGUCACUUCUUUAUGCACCAAGCAUGCUGAGGUUCGUCGUGGCUCUUUGCCUCCUGGCGCUGUCCUGGGCGCAGGAUUGCCAGGUGGAGAAUUUCCAGGUCAAGCAGGACUUUGACAAAACCAGGUAUGCAGGGACCUGGUAUGCUGUAGGAAAAAAGGACCCUGAGGGUUUGUUCUUACUCGACAAUGUUGUAGCCCAGUUUAACAUUGAGGAAGAUGGCUCAAUGACCGCUACUGCGAAGGGCAGAGUCAUCAUCCUGAACAACUGGGAAAUGUGUGCCCACAUGUUUGCUACCUUCGAGGAAUCCCCGAACCCUGCCAAGUUCAGAAUGAGAUACUGGGGAGCCGCUUCGUACCUGCAGACAGGAAAUGACGAACACUGGGUUAUCGACACCGACUACGACAACUACGCCCUCCACUACUCCUGCAGACUGCUCAACGAGGACGGCACAUGCUUGGAUAGCUACUCUUUCGUCUUCUCACGCCACCCAGCCGGCCUGAGGCCAGAGGACCAGGCCCUCAUCACGCAGAAAAAGACGGACCUGUGUCUUUUGGGCAAAUACCGACGCGUAACACACAACGGUUUCUGCGAGAACAGCGGAAAUGCAGAGCCACCUCAGUGACCCUUCUCUUGAUGCUCCUUUCUUCCUUUCUGCUGGUUUCAGAUUGAAUCCCACCUCCUCCUCACCCCUACUGCCUCAGUUUCUCUCACACGAGAGGAAGUAGUUUCCUUAUUUUUUUAAAGAAAUAAAUUAAAAAUCACAAACUCCAAACUUUCACACUUGUUGUUGUUCAUAGUCAGCUUUAGUCUCAUUAAAUUUCAGUGUUAUCUUCAAUGUCUGUUGCUUAUUUUGUUUCUUUUCAGUACAUUGCCUCAUGAAGAAGCAGUGUUAUAAAUUUCAUAUGUGGAAAUCUUGUAUGAUCCAAAUAUCUCAGAAUGUUAACUUCAUAAAAGGGGCUUUGCUUUUACAUAUUCCUACAAUGCACAAGUACUUUUUAUUUUAUUAAACUGUAAUAUCCAGCAAACAUGUUCAGUAGUAGAUCUGUUUGUUAAUCUUGACUGAUGUUUACUUCUUGAUCCAGUUUUUAAUAUAAAACAUUCAAACAUC